AUGCCCACGUGCUCCUUCCCGCGUCUGGCCCCACGUCCAGGUCACGGGAUGCACCUCGGAUAUGUAUCCGGCGGUCUGGAAACGUUUCCCUGCAUUGCGAACUGGACUGGCGAGGAGAAAGAGAGAGAAUGGAAGGGAAGGGAACUGCCAGCAGAGUUACAGACAUUCCCAGUGAUAGUUCAGUUCCAGAUCGGUCGGCCCAGACUGCUCCGAACCGUCGCUCGACUCGACGGCCUGUCAGGCAGGCCGGCUUCUAUUAUACCGAUUCGCCAUUCGCUCGCAGCUGGCCGCUGCAUUGUUGCCCGUGGAAAAGCCUCCCCGCAUGUGGAGAACGAUGGCCACAUGGACGGAAUCUUACCGAGUCGGAAGGCCAUGUCCGAGUCGAGUCAUCCCAUCCCGGUCAGAAACAAAAUCUCGUGGGGUUCCCCUCUCGUCUCGUCGGUCGUGGAGGUCUUCCCCGGAUUGUCGGGACCGCAGGCGUUCUGGUCAGCAUCCAUGCCGAAACGUUCCUGGAGUCAGGUCGAUGGCGCGGACAAUCAGCCGUCCCGCCGUCUGUCCAUUAAGACGGCCUCCGGGGGAGCUCCUGCGGAAGUGCAGAUCGAGACGGGCAGCCCCGGGGACGAGAAAUUCUUCGUCAAUGGAAGCUAUCCUGCUGAAAACCAUCCCCCGACUCCCAGUCUGACGGAUGGCUCGUCAGAGCCCCGGUCUGCCAGGUCCCAGGGACCUCGACAACGGACGCAGAGUGCAGCAACCAUCCGGUCUGAUGCAGAGCCAGUGGUCUGGCCGUCGAUCACGCGGAAAGUGAAGGCGUGUGCGGCCUGUCGUAAGCAGAAGGUAGGCAUAAUUGUCCUGGAGAGAGUGCAGACACAUGCUGAGCCAGCAGAUCAAAUGCGACAUGGACGAAGAUGGCCCGCCCUGCAAAAGAUGCCGGGAGAGAAAUCUCUCGUGCAAGCUCAACAAGAGCCUGCAAACCCUGAUCGACGAGGAGUCACGGUCAGUCCCUUUUUGCUGGGUUCGAAUCUUCCGGCGUUAACAUUGUCCAGAUGGAGAAAGACGGUCAGUCACGAUCUCACGGUGAUCCAUGCCGCCUUGCAGCAGACGCUGCGUUCUCUUGGACUCCCCGCGUUGCCGGCUCUACAUACGCCACUGCCGGAAACGGUCGACGGCCAGGCGAACGAGGUCGCCGUUGCGGAUGACGCCGAGCCUCCUCCGCUGUUCGAUACCUCUCCACAAGGCCCACCCUCCGACGACAUGUUGGCCCAGGUGCCCAUCGAAUCUCUGUACGAGAUCACCCGGUUACGAUCGCUGCGAGGAGAGGCGGUCGAGGAAGACCGUGGAGGCCUCGACGAUUUCAUUUCCAGGGGAGCCAUCCGCGUGGAGGAGGCGGAGCGGCUGUUCCAAUUCUACAUGGCACAGCUUGACCCGUAUAUUUAUGGAUUGGCGAGUAAAUACAAGUCGUUGGAGAGUCUCCGCAGAAGUUCUCCCAUCCUCACUGCAUCAAUCUGUGCCGUGGCGGCCUGUCACCAACCGGGCGACGGCAAGAUAUAUGAAAUCUGUAACCAAGAAUUCCGGCGUCUCGUUUCAAGCUCCCUGUUUGACCGUCGCAUCAGCCUGGACUACCUCCGCGCGCUGGUGAUUGGCACGUACUGGUUGAGCGACGUCUCCUGGACGCUGGCCGGGUUCGCUGUCCGCCGUGCGAGCGACAUCAACCUGCACAAGUUCUACUACCGCAUCAUCGACUCAGCGAACGGGCUGGCAGCGACUCCCAACAGCUGGGAUCCGUCCGAUCCCGAGGCGUCCAUCGACCCGGUGCGACUGUGGUAUCUGCUUUAUAUCUGCGACCAGCACUUGUCGAUUCUGUACACGAGAGCCCCGAUGAUCCGGGAAGACGAGACGAUUCGCGGGUGGCGGGGCUAUCUCGAGUCGCCGCAUGCGUCGCAGUCUGACAUGAGGAUAUCGAGCCAAGUGUCGCUGAUGAUCCUUUUGAGUCAGGUGCGGGAGCUCUUUGGCGUGGACGCCAGCAAGGCCGUCCCCCGCGCUUUUGUUGCGCAUAUCAACACCUUCAGUCAGCAGCUGGACAAGUGGCUUGCCCAUUGGUCUCAAAAGCUCCAGCCAAACGAGCAUAUCGGGGACUUUCCCACGAAAGGAGUGCUGCUGCACUACCAUUUCGGCAAACUGCAUCUUUUCUCACACGUAUUCCGAGGCCUCAAGUCGGGUGAGCGCGUCGAGCCGAUCCCGUCGUACUUCAAGGACCCAGCGACGACAGCCGUGUCCCACGCGACGACGAUUCUGGAACUCCUGCUCAACGACCCCGAUCUGCGGCGGAGCAUCCUCGGCGUGCCGCACUACUUCCACACGAUGAUCGCGUUCGCCUGCGUGGUGCUGCUGAAAGUGUCAUCUCGGUACCGCGACGAUCUCGCCAUCGACACGGACACCAUCUACUCCCUGAUCGGGCGGAUCAUCAACCUGCUGCGGUCCAACAGUUGUAACCGCUACCAUCUGGUGCACUGGAUGGCGGAGGGGCUGGACAAGAUGCUGAAGUCGUCGUCAUCAUCUCAUGGGGGGUCGCAGUGGAACACCACGCUUGCAUCAGACAGCACCACCACAACGAAUAUCUUUGACAACGUCGAGAACGAUAUCCCCGAGCAGCCCACCUUCCCGUCGGUAGAUCCAGUGCUGCAGAUGAACCCGGGUUUCGUGUCUCAGAGUAAUGAUCCCGUCUUGAGUGCGGGGCCGUUUCUUCCGGUGCUGGAGACGUUGGAUGGGAAUGAGUAUGAUCUGACGGAUUUGAGUUUUAAUUUCAUUUGA